GAUCAAGUCCUGCUGAGAAGAAGGCGGAAAAGGAAAUUACUGACAAUUUGAAAAUUCUAUAUUCAGAAAUUGUAAAGGAAGUUAAAAAUCGUAGGCGUUUGCCAAAGAAGUUGUUCGUAUUUGGUGGACAGAGUUUUCGAUUACGUAUUCGUUAUAUUACCUUAAAUGAGGCUGAUAACGCCAAUCUACCACGGGACUUUUCAGAGAUGCGAGAUUUU